ACUUUAUAUUGGCUACUAGUAAUUUAUAUAUUUUAAAUGCAAGUGUAUUAUAGUUGGACACCCUAGCUGUCAGAGUGCGAAUAACAGCGUUAAAGAAAUGGUUGUAUUAAAACAUUUCAAGAUUAUUUGCGCCAUCUGGCGGACAGUCUCAGAACUGCAUCAACACCUCCGCGCACUUUAUCCGGAAAUAUCGUUUUGAGAAGUUCCUCCGGAGCUUCCUGUCUGUUAAUCCACUUGUUGAGCAGAGGAGAGGGGCGGGGAAGCGCUUACGGACUUAUAUUUUCGCCAGAACUCCAAUCAUGUCGCAGGCAAACGGGUAAACGGCGCCCAGACAGAGCAGCAAAGCCGGCAGUUGAGCACCAUGUUGAGUUUGAGCAGAGCUGGUGUCCUCGGCGCCUCCGUCGCUGUGGCGGGAGGAGUCGCUUAUCUUAUCUGGAACUAUGCGUCCUCCUCCAGGGAGGAGAAGCCCGAAACACGCCUGGGAGAGGACGGUGAAAGUGACAGAGAGCAGAGAGAAGGAGAGGAGGAGAUAAGAGAGGAAGAGACUCCGGUGAUUAAAGCUGAGCAGCAGCAGCAGACACAGUUUACUGAGCCCUCAACCGCCGUGGUUGAACCUGUAGCAGCUGCUGAAGCUCGGAACACAUCACAGUCCCAGCCUGUGGAGUCAGGGGGAACACAGGUUCUGGUUCUGGGUCUCGAUGGAUCCGGAAAGACCAGCCUGCUGCAGUCUUUGUCCACCGGCCGCCUGGAGCAGGACAUACAGCCGACACAGGGCUUCAACGCUGUCUCCAUCAACAGAGAUGAGUGCUAUAUCGAGUUUCUGGAAAUUGGAGGUAAAGAGGAUCUGCGGCCAUACUGGCAGAAAUACAUGCCCAAAGCACUGCUGCUGGUGUUUGUAGUCGACUCGUCCAACCCGCAGCUCUUUCCAGUGGCGAAGAAACACCUACACGAGCUGCUGGCCUCUUACCCGAGCCUGGCUUUAAUGGUGCUGGCCAACAAACAGCAGGAAACGACUAAAUGGAGAUUUUCAGAUAUCAAGAUAAGCUGCAGCUGCCUGAAGUUUGGGAAAGGCUGCAUUAGGCAUCGAUGAACACACCUCAUCACAGUCUUGUGACACUGAUAUCACUCCCACUAAGCUCCUCUGUACGACAUGUUCAGCUUUUUAGUAAAAUGCAUGUCUGUGCCACAUAAACAUUUUAAUGUGCACCAGUGAUGUUACUGGUAGAUGUGUGCUCCUUCCCUCUGCACGAGCUGUGGGUAGCGAUCCAAAGGAUAGAACACCUUGGUCAGGGUUCAAAGCGAGCUAAGUUGAUCUUAAAAUGUGACGUCAACAGACUGCAUGUCACCGAUUGGCCAGUCAAUGGCGUCACUCGAUAAGGCAUGAGAGCAACUUGCCAUUUUUAAACCCUGGUAAUGAAAAAAAUGGCUGCACGAGAACCAACACCAUGGUUCAGUGAUGAGGUGCAGACGUUUUUGAGCUCUAUGGCUGAUGAUGGAAUCCAGAGGAAGCUAGAUGGAGCGGCAGAGUCAGACAGAGCUUGCUAUGUGACGACAAAAUGGAGGAACAUGUUGGUGUCCUCCACAAGCAUCUUAUGCUUAAUCUAUACUUAUGGAACCAAUCUCCAUCCAUAUUUGGGAUAUAGCCAAGAAAUGAGGUUUAAAAAGUGAUGGCAUCUGGCAUCACCUUCAUGGAUAUUUAAUACGUCCAACCAGUGCAUAAGUAAAAUAUUGGUAUACAUAUGCUAAGCAUUUAGUUGCAGACAGCCAGGUCUGCAGCAUUUGUGCAUGCACAUUGUCUGGAGCUGUAAACUUGCAAGCACAGUAUAAACAGAUUCAGGUAAAAAACUGUUAGAUUUGUGCAUAAAGUAUACAGUUGAAGUACAGAGUUGUGCUGUAGUAUCCUUAUAGCAAAUGCACAGUUCAGAAAAGUGCAGGUGUUUUAAAACUGAAGGAUAUGGCAGUUUAUCACUUGCAUUUCCUUUUGACUUGUAUCUGUUUGCAUUUUCUGUCCAUCUAAAAAGCACGUUUGUCAAUUUUGAUGUCACAAAAUAAAAUCUGAAAGAUGGCUUCCAUCCUUUUCUCAUUUUCAUAUUUUGGGUUCAAAUCAGUGAAGCAGCAGACCCUGCAAAUUUUAUUCUGCUGUAAUUCGGUGGUGGAUAAAUUGUCAGUAAAGAUUUCUCAGACAUUACACAUAUCCCUUCAAAUAUGUUCAUCUUUAUAUUUUUUAGAUAAUAUAGGAGUAUAUCAUCCUUAUCUUAC